AUGUUGAAUUACCAACAAGAGUCUACUGCGCUUGCACAUCGCUCAUCGGCCAUGAAGAGGCCUGCCACGUUGGCCAUGAAGCGGCCUGCCGCAUCGGCUAUGAAGAGGCCUGCAGCCUUGCCUAUGAAGAGGCCUGCGGCCUUGGCUAUGAAGAGGCCUGCUGCAUCGGCUACGAAGCGGCCAGCUUCAGUGUUAAAGCGUCCAGGAAGUCAAAUGCUGACUUUGAUGCUGCAAGACAGCCGCGGCGGAGGCUAUCCAGCCACCAGCAUGUCCAUGCAGAUCCAGAAAGGAGGCCGCAUCAGUGACAUUAAGGAGAUUGCAGCACAGACUUUCGGAGGGGCGCCUGAGUUUAUCCAAUGCUUUUGGGAUGGACAGAAUCUCUCUAGCGAGGAUCCCGUACAAAACUUCGCCAAGCGGGGCAAAGUGAAUUUAGACAUCCGACAAGUCCCGGACGCCCCAUUGCCCGGAAGCCAAUGGUCUGGUGAAAACACCAUGCAGGCUCCUGCUGAGCUGGAAGAGCGCAAAGGCAGCGUUUGGAUGGAAAGCGCCGGCACGUCGGCGCUCUCCAGCGCCGGGGUCUCUGCUUCUGACUAUGCUGCCUUGCUGCGAGCACUCCAAGAAGAUGAAGACCUCAUGCGUUUGCGGAACUCCCCCGAGGACUUCACGACAGAGGUGAACGAAGUCGUUGCGGAUCGCGCCUGGUGCCGAAUCUUCCGGUAUGAGGACUGCACCAUCGCUCCGGACCCCGAGCAAAGCAUUGAGUAUUUCGAUGCCAUAGCUACAGCCACCAAAGAGGCGGAGAAUUUCAGGCCACUGGUGUCUAGCUUGACUGUCCAGGUAUCUGUGAACUCCGCCAAGGGCGACGCAUGGUUUCGCGUAAUAGGUGUGGUGAAGCACGACAACAUCAGCUUUGGCAUCCUUCAGGAGUAUGAUGGCGAGGGUCUCUUGGUCGCCCUGCGGGGGGGUGAGCUCAAGACCCGGUUUCUGGUGGAAGUGCUGAUGGGCUUCUCCAAUGCCUUGUACCGCGGGUCUCACGCCAUGUGGAUGGGCGCACGCUACAAGUUUUUCUCCUACCGCUUCCACGUCUGGACAUCGACAACAGGAGACAUGGGUCCCCAUGCCAGUAGCUUCCAUGCGCACCUGCAGGAAGCAUUUGCCACCAUGGGCUAUGCCCCUCUGGGCACCGUCGUCGUAGAGCAGCUGGAAAGGGUAAGGGCCGGUUUCGCCGAGAACUCUCCGACGAAGCUCUUCCAGGAUGCACGGGAUGCUGCCAGGGUGAGUUCUGCAGCGCUUCGGGACGCAGACUACUACUUCAGCUCCUAUGCUCGCUUCGGCAUCCAUGAGGACAUGCUGAAGGACUACGUCCGCACCAGCAGCUACAUGAAUGCCAUCAACAAUGCCAAGGCCAUCUUCCAAGGAAAAACGGUGCUGGAUGUUGGAGCAGGUACAGGCAUUCUCUCCUUGUUCGCAGCACGCGCUGGUGCGGCGCGGGUCGUGGGCAUCGAGUGCUCAAACAUUGCGAGCUACGCAACUGACAUUGCGCGGCGGAACGGCUUCGGCGAUGUCAUCACUUACGUGCAGGGCAAGGUGGAAGAGGUCGAGAUUCCGGUGGAGAAAGUGGACAUCAUCAUCUCUGAGUGGAUGGGCUACUUCCUCAUGUUCGAGUCGAUGCUGGACAGUGUUCUCUUCGCCCGGGACAAGUGGCUGAGACCAGGAGGCCACCUGUUCCCGGACCGCGCGAACCUCUUCAUCGCCGGGAUCGAGGAUGCCGAGUACCGGGAAGAGAAGCUCGGGCACUGGACCCACGUUCGAGGCUUCAACUUUAGCCCUUUGGCGGAGUACGCUAUCCAGGAGCCCAUCUCUGACAUCGUCGAGCCACUCUCCCUGGUCACGGAGACGGCGUGCGUCUUCGACAUGAACCUUCGAGUCGUCCAGUGCAAGGAGCUGGACUUUGUGUCGUCCUUUUCGAUGAAAGCCCUGCGGCAAGACUUCAUCCACGCCUUCGUGGUCUGGUUCGACGUUUACUUCGAUGCCUCCCCCGAUGCCUCGCCACUUUCCACGGCCCCAGGGCAGCCAGAUACCCACUGGAAGCAGACGGUUCUUUACCUCGAAGAGCCGCUUGUGGUCUUUCCUGGCGAUCUUGUGACCGGAAGGAUGGCGGUCCGGAAGAAUGCGACGAACAACCGCGACCUUGACGUGAAGAUCUCGUACCAGCGCCUGGCUCAGACUCGCUUGCCUGAUUUCCUUGCAGUAGGUGCUGGCAGUAGCCUGCUCCAGACGAGAAGCUAUGAGAAAGCAGCGGCACUGCAAGACAGUAUCUAA